AUUUUUUUAGGAUUUGCAUGUUUUUGAUAAAAUGUGUAACUUGAAGGCUACUGUAUGUAAGUCACUUUGAAUUAAAGCAUCUGCCAAAUGCAUAAAUGUAAAUCUAAGUAGAUUCGGUGUAGAAAUAUGCCUAUCGGCUUCAUGAAGAAACCUUGUACCAGAUACCUGACAGUUUGGGGGUGGUGAGAAGGUGUUGAGUUCACUUCAGUCAUUAGGCAAAGCAAGUUGAUCAAUGCCUUCCCGCCGUGUGAUCUCUGAUAAGCUUAUACAAAGCUGCAUGCUGAUGAAACAUUAACCUCAGCUUCACUAAAACAUUAUGAUGAAUCUCCUGAGUUCACACUAGAUACUAGAAGAGCGGAUUGUGCAGAACAUGUAACCAGUUAAAGAGACUGCAGGGAGUGGACAGACAGUCAGGAUGAAAAUGAGCUUCAAACUCGUGCUUUACUGUAUCAGUUUUGUAAUAAUCGCACCCAUCAUAUUGGGAACUCAUGCCAAUAAUGGCCAUAUCCACAAACCCAGGAUGUUGAACCAAAGCGCACAAGCCAAAUCUACCCAGGAACACCUAGAGGAAGCUUUUGAAGAACAGGGCUACUACUUGCAACGCCUGUUCCUCCAUUAUGGGGAAAAUGGGACUCUGACCUAUGAGGGUCUGCAGAAGCUACUGGGCAGUUUGGGUUUGGGAGAGGUCAGCGUGUUAGAGAUUCAACAUAGUGGGGUGAAGCAUUCUUCUCCAGCUUUACCCCAUUCCCACUUACACGAAGACCAACAUCAUCAUCAGCCUACAAACUCACCACCAUUCAUAGAAAGUCCUCAUAUUGAAUCAGAGGUUAGUGGAUCUUCUGGAGAAUGGCAUCACUCGAAAUCUGACUAUUUCCCAUACCCCGGCCUGAGACAGAGACCUGAAAAAAUCUCGUUGCCAUCAAAGCACCCAACAGAGAAACACUUUCAUGGGAAUUGUCUGAAUGUAACCCAGCUCCUGUGGAACUUUGGGCUCGGCCAAGCAGCCCAUAUCACUCCUGCCCACUUUACCUUCAUCUGCCCUGCUCUCCUUUACCAGAUUGACAGCGGGGUUUGUCUGCGACACACCGAGGUCAAUGGACAGGACAACAGAACCAGUCAAGGUUUCCUCAGAGCACUAGGAUGGGCUUCUCUGGCACUUCUUGUGAUCAGUCUGCCCUCCUUGUUCGCCUUGGGAUUGGCACCUCUGCUUCGCCCUUCCAGCCUGCAGACGUUCCUCUGCCCGAUGGCUGGCAUGGCAGUGGGUACGCUUUGUGGAGACGCCCUCCUCCACCUUCUGCCCCAUGCCAUCUUCAGUGAGCACAAUGAACCUCAGGAUGCUGUUUUAAAGGGUCUGAGUGUGCUGGGGGGACUUUAUCUUCUUUUUGUGUUUGAGAGUCUUUUGAGGCUUAAGCAACAUUUCAAGAAAAGGAAACCUGAUGCUGAAUCUGGAAGAGAGUUGGAUGCACUAAAUGGUACUACAUCAACCAAUCAGAACGAGAGUUUAGAGACUGGGCACGGGCAUUCUCAUGAGCAGCCUGUGUCAGGGCAGAUGGGGAUCAAAAGCAUGGCAUGGAUGGUGGUCAUGGGAGAUGGGAUACACAACCUUACUGAUGGACUAGCUAUUGGUGUUGCAUUUUCUCAGAGCCUGACUGGUGGACUCAGCACCACAAUUGCUGUUUUCUGCCACGAGUUACCUCAUGAGCUAGGUGAUUUGGCAGUGCUGCUGGCUGCCGGCUGGCCCGUGCGCAGGCUGGCUGUGUUCAGUGUCAUCUCUGCCCUUCUGGGAUUUGUUGGUGUGUCAAUAGGAACAGCACUGGGGAACCAGUAUGCAGCGCACUCUCCAUGGAUUCUCACCAUUACUGCUGGGGUCUUCCUUUAUGUUGCUCUUGCUGACAUGAUGCCUGAAAUGCUUCAUGGUGAUGCUGGAUCUCAAAGUCCUCUAACGCGAUUCCUCCUGCAAAGCCUGGGCCUGCUGAUAGGGGGUGCCAUCAUGCUUUGCAUUGCCUUAUUUGAGGACCACAUUGCUGUCAGCCUGGGAGAUUUAUGACACGUCAAGACAACCAAAUGGAUGCCACAGUAUUGUGUACAUAUCUCAUCCUAUAUUUGACCUACUGACUGAUGCUCUGAAAUGCACUAAAUGGAUGAUGGGGCACAUACAUGAAUUUUGGUCAAAUUUUUUACCUCCUGUUAAAGGAAC